AUGCCUAUCUGGACCAACCCCUUUACGCGCAAUGACCGUGCGGAGUUUCUAGGCGUCGUUAUUCCUCUCUCCCAGGCGACUCGUUUCAACCAGCUGAACAUCGACCACGCUCCUCCUUCAGACGAAAAGGACGCUGGCAUCGCCAUCCCGAAGGAUGACAACAAUAAACUGGACCGAAUCGGCUCUGAAGAAAAUGGCGCUGCCUCCAACCCCGAGUGCAGCCACCAGACAAUCGAAGCCAUUCGCGCCGAGGUGGAAAGUGAGAUUGCCGCCUCCGGUCACGACUCUAGCUAUGAUCUGUUUCCUGCCGCAUGCAACAUGCCCUUCGCGCCUGACGAUACAAUAUUUGCGCGCUUCGUAGUUCUGAUUUUUGAUUUACUGCUAUGUGCACUGAAAAAAACAGGUAAAGCCACAACUAUUAACUUAGCUAUCCAAGAUAUUGGAAUGGGCCGCUACCAGUGGCAGCUCUUCAUUUUGUGUGGAUUUGGCUGGUUUGCCGAUAAUCUUUGGCUACAGGGUAUUGCCUUGACCCUGAACCAGGUCUCCCAGGAGUUCGGCAUCUCUUCAACCCAUGUCCGUUUCACUACAGCGGCCCUAUUCAUUGGCUUGUGUAUCGGCGCAUCCUUCUGGGGUAUUGCUUCUGACAUCGUCGGACGACGACUUGCCUUCAACAUGACCUUGCUGAUCUGCGGUAUCUUCGGUAUCUGCAUUGGAGCUAGUCCUACUUGGAUUGGUGUUUGUGGUAUGGCUGCUAGUUUGGGCCUUGGUGUAGGAGGAAACCUCCCAGUUGAUGGCGCUCUCUUUUUGGAAUUCUUGCCUACCGCUUCUAACUACCUGCUUACUCUUCUGAGUAUCUGGUGGCCUAUGGGACAGUUGGUUGGGAGUUUGAUUGCCUGGGGCUUUCUCCCUAACUACAGCUGUGACACCACUUUGAAGGCCUGCUCCGCUGUCGCCGCCGGCGAACCCUGCUGCCGUCGUGAGGAUAACAUGGGCUGGCGCUACCUGUGCAUCACCAUGGGUGCGCUGACCAUCUUCAUGUGGGCGUGCCGAUUCUUCCUGUUCCAUCUCUACGAAUCCCCUAAAUUUCUACUCUCUCGCGGCCGUCAGGAGGAAGCCGUCCGCACUGUCCACGCCAUCGCAUUCAAGAACAAGGCCCACACCUGGCUCACGGUCGACAUCCUCAACGAGAUCGGCGGCCACCCGGACGAAGUCGGCAAACCGUCUCUCAGCGUCGUCGACAUCAUCAAGCGCGCUCUCUCCAAGUUCUCUGGCGAACGCAUCGGCCCGCUCUUCGCCUCUAAAAAGCUCGGCCUCACCACCGCCCUCCUAUGGUUCUGCUGGGCCACUAUCGGCAUGGGCUUCCCCCUCUUCAACGCCUUCUUGCCGCAAUACCUCGCCCACGCUGGCUCCUCCGGUGGCUCAACCUCCCCCAGCAUCACCUACCGCAACUACGCCAUCACCUCCAUAGUCGGCGUCCCGGGGUCCAUACUCGGCUGCUACACCGUGAACCUGAAAUACAUCGGCCGGAAGGGCACAAUGGCGAUCUCAACUCUGAUCACAGGUGUCAUUCUAUUCUGCUUCACUAUCUCCAGCGACCCCAACGCCCAGCUCACCUGCAGCUCCCUCGAAGCUUUCUUCCAGAACAUCAUGUACGGCGUCCUGUACGCCUACACGCCCGAAGUCUUCCCCGCGCCGAACCGCGGUACUGGUGCUGGUAUAUCCAGCUUCUUCAACCGUCUAUGCGGCGUCAUGGCGCCGAUCGUCGCUAUCUACGGCACAUCUUCUAACCCGAAUGCCCCCGUCUACGCUUCUGGUGGAUUAAUGUUGGCAGCUUUUGUGGCCAUGGUCCUACUCCCGAUUGAGACGCGCGGCAAACAAUGCCUAUAA